AUGGACAGAAAGAACCAGACUAGAACCACAGAAUUCCUUCUCCUGGGACUCUCUGGACAGCCAGAGAAGGAAGAGGUUCUCUUUGGUUUGUUCUUGUGGAUGUAUCUGGUCCUCAUUACUGGGAACAUUCUCAUUAUAUUGGCCAUCAGCUAUGACAGUCAUCUCCAUACACCCAUGUACUUCUUCUUGGCCAACCUCUCCUGUGUUGACAUCUGCUUUUCAUCAGUCACCAUCCCCAAGAUGCUGCUGAAUCACAUGUUGGGAAGCAAGUCUAUCUCUUACGUGGGAUGUAUGACCCAGAUCUACUUCUUCAUCGCUUUCGGCAACAUGGAUGGCUUCCUCCUGAGUGUCAUGGCCUAUGACCGCUACGUAGCCAUCUGUUGCCCACUCCACUACACCAUGAGCAUGAGGCCCAAGCUCUGUGUUCUUCUGGUGGCCAUUCCAUGGAUCAUGACACACCUGCAUGCUCUUCUGCACACUAUUCUCAUGGUCCAUCUCUCAUUUUGUUCCAACAAUGCUGUGCACCACUUCUUCUGUGACCCUGGGGCUAUUCUAAAGCUGUCUUGUUCUGAUACCUUUAUCAAUGAUCUGAUGAUCUUCACUGUGAGUGGACUGAUAUUUCUGACACCAUUUACAUGUAUCAUUGUUUCAUAUGCUUACAUCUUCUCCACUGUACUGAAGUUGCCAUCUGUCCGUGGGAUAAGGAAAGCCCUGUCCACAUGUGGAUCCCACCUCACUGUGGUCUCCCUCUUCUAUGGGGCAGUGCUGGGGGUCUAUAUGCGCCCCUCAUCCUCCUACUCAGUUCAGGACACAGUGGCCACUGUCGUCUUGACAGUGUUGACACCGCUGGUCAAUCCCUUCAUCUACAGCCUCCGGAAUCAUGACAUGAAGGGAGCCAUAAGGAAGGUAAUUCUCAGAUUCUAG